AUGGCAUUCUUCAGCAGCAGACGUGUGGUUGCACUCGCUCUUUUCGUGGGCCUGUCAGGCAGCGUUGACGCGGCGCCGAUUGUCGCAGAGGAUCUCAGUGUUGAGAGAUUCUUGGCCAAGGAAGUGUCUGCAGAGGAAGGCUAUGUCGGUGCUAUGUCUCCCAUCGACGCGGACGAUGCAGUGGAGGGUCGGGACGACAAGGACAGGGGGAGUGACAAGGAUAAGAAGCAGCAUUCCCCUCCGCCCAAAACAACUACCACCACGCUUCCGCCCACGACAACGACAACCACCAAGCGGCCGCCUUCGAAGCACAUUCCAGCUCCGCCAAUGAAGCACAUUCCUGCUCCCCCAGCAAAGCGCAUUCCUGCUCCCCCAGCAAAGCACAUUCCCGCUCCGCCAACGAAGCACAUUCCUGCUCCUCCAGCAAAGCACAUUCCUGCUCCCCCCACGAAGCAGGUGCCAGUGCCGCCCGUCAAAGGAGCACCAGUCCCCGUCCCUGUUCCCAGUCCCGUGAUGACAAAAGCGAAAUUCAAGAAGCUCUUGCUGCUUCUUAUGCUCGGCUCGCAACGUUUUAAGAAGAUCAUGUCGGAUGAGGACCACAAUGGGGUGGCCGAGCUUAUUCGCGAUUAUGAUUCCGGCAAGCUCGAAGACCUAGAGCACAUGCUCUGGGAGUCUUACCAGGAGAGCGCAGGGACAGACGAAGACUUCUCUGCUUUCUUUCGACAGCUGCAAGAUGCCGCUUCGGCGUAG